AUGCUGUCUCAGCACUCGAUCGUCUGGGAAGGCCUAUGCGCCAGCGUGCCCGACGGCCGCGGCCAAAGGCGGGUGCUGCAGGACGCGCACGGCCACGCGCUCUCGGGCGAACCUCCGUCGGCGGACGCGUGGGUGAGCGGCGAGUCGGAGGAUGACGCGUCAGACUCCGAGUCGCCGCUCGAAGGCGGCAUCCUUGGCAUACUCGGCCCGUCGGGCGCGGGCAAGACAACGCUGCUGCGGAUCCUCGCUGGCCAUGCGCUGCCCGAUGCGGGCCGUGUCCUGCUCGACGGCGCCGAGUAUGACGGCGCCACUGCGGAGAGGAUCGGAUACGUGCCGCAGGAAGAGAAGCUCUACGGCUGCCUCACGGCGAGCGAGACGCUGAUGCUGGCAGCGCGGCUCCGCGCGGUGCCCGCCGCCUCGCGCGGCCAGCUCGUCACCGACACCCUUCGCGCCCUCGGCCUGACCAGC